AUGGAUUUGCGCACGAUCAUGAACACCGACGGCGCCAACCCUCCACCUCCCAACUCGGCCAGCUCACCCGUCUCCGAUCAAACUCCUCAAAAACGCGCAAAGAAGUCUGCUUCCUACUCCGAAUACUCCUCACAAUCCUCGCAGCCCCUACUGCAGCAGCACGCUUCGCCAGAGCGAAGCUCUCCCUACGCAUCCGCCCAGUCGCCAUACCACCUCAACUCGGGUCCAACGAUCAAUACAGCAGUUAGAUCCCAGCGGAGCUCAACUCCUCCACACGUCUCCACGCCAUAUGGUACUGCCUCGCGUGAUCCAUUUGGCGCGUCAGUAUACGGAUCGCAUCCCCAGCACCCGGGUGCUCCUCUUGUCUCGCCUUACACACCACAACCAGCGAGCGCAGGGCCACAGCAUCCAGAUCAGAAGAGCUACUUUGCUCCACAGCGAUCACAGCAACGCUCUCAAUCACUUCAAUCGGUGGUGACUAACCCCCGAGGUCCACCCGAAUCAUUCCGCAGCCCCCCUGCUGCAUCGCAACCUCUUCCACCACAAUUCUCACCAUCCGCCCAUCAAUCCGUUCCAGGAACUCCCUUGGGGCCUCCUCCCACCUUCGCCUCCCGCCAAUCGCCCUCGACAAUUCGCCCGCCCUCCUCCGCAUUCGACGCGCACGAUUCUCCGCACAAUCCCCUAUCCAGUCCAAGACCCGCUCAGGAGGUCCAGAUACGCGACCACAUCCAAGCACAACCUGUGACACACAUCCAAUUCUCUCCGCACAGCUCCCGACCUUCAGAGCAAACGCCUCAUCCCACGAUCCUGCAACGAGAUUCACUGGAUAGCGGCAGUCCGCACACAGCCUCGCGCCACAACAGCAUCGCCGCAAUAUCUGACCCAGUCCCGUCUGGCUCAAUUCGCUCCUCCGAAGAUCGAAAUUUCAUUGAUAGUCCCACCACACAAAAGCCUCACACGACAGGGUUCAACCUCCCUACUUCCCCUAUUGUACCGGCCAGUCAGAUGAACAGUUCCCCCUCGACUGCCACCGCUGCCACUCGUGGAGGUGCCCAUCCGUUGAAAAUGGAAGUAGACAACGAACCACAAGCCGAGCUGCAACAACCCAGGCAGAAGAGGAGAAGAUACAACGAACCUCCGAUUUUUGCGCAGCGAACGGCUCGCACCAAAGGUCGAUGCCCCAUCAUUCCCAACCCGCUACCCCCAAUUCCAAAAGAUGCCCGGCAGAGCCAGCAGGAGAUAUGGGCCGGGGCUGCAAGCCGACGAUCCUCCUCAACGGUGGUUGUCGCGGCCGCGGCACGCAACCGUCCACCCGCUAUGCCUUCACCAAGAGCCAAUGUACCUCCUGCGCCGGUUGCGCCGGUCCCUCCAGCCCCUCGGGCAACUUCUGCGCAGGAGAUAGGCUCGCUGGGACCGUGGGAGCCAUCUAUCACUGGUGUCAUCCCCUAUGAGGAGAUUACCAGGACUCUGGGCGAUUUCUUGUUCCAACAUGUAGUGAUGAGAACCGACGUAAAUGCCGGGGAUGCGGGCGCAGUGGGCCAAGGAACUGUGAUCGAAGUCGAGGCGAAACUCGGUCACAUCAUCGACAUGGACAGUAGAGAUCGAAUCCAGUUGCCCGUCUUGACCGAGAGCGUGAUCAAUAAGGAAAACGGGCGGUUCCGGACAUCAUUUGAAAGCAAAAUGACUGUUGAACAACACCGAGCCAUGAACAACUUCCUCAACCAAACCGUCAAAGCAUCAAUGCCGCAACAGAACCCUUCCCGAAUUCCACUUCAAUAUGUACACAAGAAAGAACGCGACACCUUUUACGAGAUCCAGGCCGCAGAGCUCCCCCCGAUCAUCCGCCAAAACUUGAACCCGAGACAUAAACCCAAAGUUCGAGUUACAACCGAUGAGCGCACGGGUGAAGUCCUGGCGAAAAUUGUGAAAUGUCGAGUCGCAGAUAUGGAUGUUUGCAGUCCACGGACAACGGUUGAUUGGCGAGUCAGCGUGAAUCUUGAAAUGGAGUAUACCGGCGACAUCAGCAAUCUUCCUAUGAUAGAUCCUGCCGUCACAAAAGGAGGGCGUGGUGAUCGCAUCAAAGACCGCAUGAGCUACCGCCACUUGGCAUACCAAGUGGAUUUGACACAAGUGGCCAAAAAUGAUGUAAGUUCCGCGAUCCCUGUGUUACCACGAAGCACUCUUCUGACCUUAUCGCAGCAGCAACCAGGUCGACAUGAGUUCGAGCAUGAGCUUGAGGUCGAAAUCUCGGCUGCUGAGCUUCGUCGCCAGGGUGAACUCGCUAUCGCCGGUGACUCGCAGAACCAGUAUGAGGACCUUGUCAAAGGGUUCGUGGAUAAUAUUCGCGUCUUGGCGAGGGCUGUGCCUCCCUGA